AAGUUGAAGCUGCAGCAGAAAACGAUGUCUCUGUGGUCCUGGGUCAACCGGCCCAGUGAGCUGAGCAAGUUCACCAAUCCUCUCUUUGAAGCCAACAGCCUCGUCAUCUGGCCUUCAGUUGCACCCCAGAGUCUCCCACUGUGGGAAGGUCUCUUCCUACGUUGGAACAGACCCUCUAAGUACUUGGAUGAAGCACAUGAAGAAAUGGUCAACAUCAUCGGCUAUAACCGAGAGUUGCAGGCAAAAGUCAAUGUCCUUAGGAGGCAGCUGGCAGAACUGGAGACAGAGGAUGGGAAGCAAGAGAGUCCCUGAGUGGCCUGCCCAGGCUCGGAGAGACCUUCCCCGGGGCCGGGGCCCGCCUCCCUCUUGCGCCCUUCAGCUCGCUGUUCCAGAGCAGCCUCAGGCUAAGGCUUUAGAUGUGGGACCCCUCGGAUGGAACGGAUCUCCCUCCCUGUGAAUGAAACUGACUGUACUUACUCACACUUCACUGGCCUGUUGGGCCCCUUCACUUUGGGAGCGGGAAGGAGGUGCUAGUCAUUUCAUGUGACGUGGAAUAGACAACCUGUUUAAUGCCACUUGUGUUGUAAUGCCGUUUUAUUUGAAGCUUCUCUCUGUGCCCCUUUCCAAACAGCGUUCUAGACCAGUCAAAGAUAUGGUUCAUCUCUUUAGGGAAUAUAGGGUGGUUUUAUGGGAAAGGGUCAGGCUUUUAAACGCUCCAAAUAUAGAAAUGUUUUUCCAAAGGGAAGUGAUCGAUAAACCAAGAAUUUUGUGUUUAGCAUGGUAUUUCUGACAUCUUUGCCACAUAAAAUAGCCAUUCUCUUUAAAAUAGUUUUGGACGAAGAAAGCUAAAUUCUCACUCUGGCUUGUCAGAAAGGAAAAUCUGGAUGUUUAUUCAGAGUGAAUGAUGUAGUUCUACAAGGGCAACAGGUGUUACAUCACGUUACAUUCACGUGAGGUGAGAUAUUUGCAUGAAGGAGAGUUAAACUCAUCUUAGCAGUAGACACCAAAACGUGUGCAAUAUAAAAUGAAAGUAGGAAUCUGUUGCUGAUAGAGGAUUGUUGCUGUUGGAUUGGUUUUUCGGGUUUUGGCCAUACAUCCAAAAUGUGUAUCAGAUGCUGGCUGUAAACUUAAGCCAUCGCCUAGGAUACAAUUAGCUUGUUUUAACGAAGCUACAACUAUGGUUUUCUUAAACCAGAGAUGCACUGCCCUUGUCUAAAGUUCUUAUUGCACUGGUUUAUAUAUGUAUGUGUGUUUUAUUAUCUUUUUUUGUUUGUAAGUAUUCUAAGCGUUUACUAAGGUUAAAAUUUUCAUGUUGUCCUGAGGCUUUUGCGAAUUUAUUUUGACUCUUGAUUUGUCCAUUAUGUGUUGGGAAGUUUAUGAAUAUAAUGCAGCUCUAAGUUUUAAACUUCAGAAAUAGAUUUGAAAUGUUUCAGUGUUAUAGACACAGUGAUGGCGACAUUUAUGCUUUGCUAGUCUGUUCAUGCCUGCAACUCUCAAUGUCUGUGGUCAGUGCUUUCCAUGUACUCUUCUGUGUAUGGCACUGCUCAUUUGAACAGAUACUAUCCAUUCUAGCUUUUUCUUUAAAAGGAUGUUGAUGAGUAACCUUUACACCAUUUCCACACCAUCUGUAUAUAUCCAUUUCAGUGCAGAACACAUGACACUGAAUCCUGCUUUAGAGCUGUGUAUUGAACUAAAAAUAACAUUUUUAAAAAUCGACUAGCAGAAGCUAUGGCCGCAUUCCGAAGCCUAAGAAAGUGGCAAAUGCUUUGUAUCUCCAAGUUUCAUUUUUCCCCUGCUUCCUCAGACUUGUAGCAAAUGGCUAGGAAACAGUGGAUAGUCCAGACUCUCUUGGUAAAUUAGCCUGCUGCCUUCUCUAAGCCCAGCCUUAUUCUUGACUUACUUCUUUGGCUGUCAUUGGGAGUUUGAGGGCAUUGAAGCCCUGCAGCAGGGAGCAUAAGAGAUGCCCUGAGUCUCUUCUUUGGGUGGAAUAUCUCUGUUCUAUAAGAAAGGAAAUUGUUUGCUGUGUCUUCAUGCAGCUGACCCUUUUGUUUUCUCUGCUUUGUGUCUGUCUCAAGGCUAUGUGUGAAAGAGGAGCCCUUUUCUUCUCAGGUAACAGACCCACAGGAAAGCCAGGUAGAGAUUUGUUUCUUGAGAAAAGACCCGCUGCUUAUGUUGGCUGGCAACAGGGCUUCCCUGGGUGGAAACCUGAGGGAGUUUCUGUUAGGCUUGGUCACGGAGGAGUUGGAUGACAUCGCUGCGUACGUGUCUUUCUGACGGGCAGCCGAUGCGCUAGCCAUUUCAGCUGUGUGUUGUUCCCGUUUCGUUUCCCCUUUCGUGCCAGGACAGCAGUCUUCACUGUUCUGGCAAGUUUUCAUCUUGAUUUACAAUGAGGGAUAGCCCAAACCUCAGAUCUGUUUACAGAUUUGGUAUCGAUGCACUUUCAAAAGGGUCAUUUAGUAAUGCAAAUAUUAGGGGUUCCCCAAAGUCAAGGAAUCUGUCAAGAAUAAGUGCAUUGUCAGUGUGAUCUGAAGAGGGUUUUUAGUUAUUACUAUUAUGUUACCUUCCCUUGGAUGAGAAGAACACAUAAAAUGGAUACUCAUGAGGAGAUGCUCGAUAAACUUGAGCAUUAAAAACUUGAAUGGAUUCACUGUGGCAGCACACAGACUAAAACUGAAA